AUGACCACAGCCGUCGAGCGCCAGCUGCCCCGCCUACCUGUGCCGCCGCUACAACAGACAAUCGACCAGUAUCUCAAGUCGAUGGAACCCUUCCUGCUCGAGCAAGAAGCACGCGGCGGCUCUAAGUUCGCCGACGCGCGCGCUCACCGAGUCGCGCUCGCAGAGCGGUUUGUUACCGCGCCCAACGAGGGCCCGAAGCUGCAGGCGUUACUCGUGGAACUAGACAAAAAAUCGCCGCACAACUGGCUGGAGGAUAACUACUGGACGAAGGUCGCGUAUCACCGUGUGCGCGCUCCGUUGCUCAUCCACUCCAACUGGUGGCUCGCACUCAACAACGACCCGAACAUACCCGAGCUUAUACUGCGCGAUGGCCGGGAGGACGUGACGCCGGCGCAGGUGCGGCGCGCAGCGUGGCUCGCGCACCGGCUCGUAGAGUUCAAGAAUCGUUUGUGCAGCUCUGACGCGUCGACACGAACGGCACGCUGGCUGCGCGACGCCGCGCUCCGCAUUUUCCACUCGUAUCGCGUCCCUCGCCCCGAGUGCGACGCCUUCGCGCAGGCACCCUCGGCAUCAUCGUCUGCAGCGCGCGCAAGUCUCGUUCAAAUCCGCAACUUCUGCUAUGCUGUCGAGGUCACCCUACCCGAUGGCACCCCCGUUCCUUUUGGUGAACUUGAACGCCGGCUACGGCGGGUCGUGCGGGAUGCGAGGCAGAGGUGGAGGCGAGGAGAGCGCGCGGUACCUGUGAGCGUGCUGAGCUCGGACAACAGGGAUACGUGGGCCAAGAAUUAUCAACACCUGCGUGAUCUUUCCCCACAGAACGCCGCCAACCUCGAAAUUAUCCACGAUGCGCUCUUCGCGAUCUCUCUCGACGCAUAUACGCACAUUCACCCUACGCCUCCUUUGUCCUCAAACCCUGAACUGCAGCUUAACACCCGCGCCGAACUCGACGCCCACCUGCACAACACGCGCUCCGGCCGCGGGGCGCUCAACCGGUGGUUUGACAAGGGCUUCACUCUCAUCGUCGAGUCCAACACCCGUGCUGGCGUGAUGGGCGAGCACUCACCCGUUGACGCGCUGGCGCCCAGCAUCGUUGCCGAGUACGCACUCGUCGACCCGCUUCCACCCAACCUGGUCGGCAGCUUGGAAAACGAAUGGCUGGGUGACCUCGACCACUCGGAUUACGCGGAUGUUCAGGGAGAAGAUUGGACGCGCCUUGAUUGGGAGACGGACGAGACGAUCGAACAAGCCUGCGCCGAGGCACAAUCCAGGGCCGAAGCCAUCAUCGCCGACUCAGACGACAGCGUCUUACACUUCUCCGAAUACGGCGCGGACUGGAUUAAAAGCGUCGCACGCCUAUCGCCCGACGCAUACAUCCAACAAGCCCUCCAGCUUGCGUUCCACGCUCACCGAGGCACGUUCACCGCUGUGUAUGAGACCGCGCUCACCCGCCUCUUUGACCGCGGCCGGACGGAGACCAUCCGUGCCUUCACGACCGACAGCCGGGCGUUUGUGCUCGCCAUGGCCGACCCGUCCUCCUCCUCUCGUACCCGCCUCGACCUCCUAGUGCGCGCCGUGCAGACGCACAUGCGCCUUACUCGCGCGGCUGCGACGGGCAAGGGCAUAGACCGGCACUUGCUCGGCCUCGAGCUUCUUGCGCGCUCGUCCGGCGUCGCUCCCCCGGCGCUCUUUGCUGACCCGGUGUACGACGAGAGUAAAACGUGGCUCCUUAGUACGAGUGGCCUCAGUGCAGGCCACCUCUUCCGCGGGACCGGCUUCGGUGCGCCAUACUCAGAUGGAUAUGGCAUCAACUAUCUCGCCGGGCCGGAUGUGCUCAAGAUCGGGGUGGAGUCGAAACGAGCGUGUCCAAGCACAUCCACUGUGGCAUUCCUUGAAUGCCUCAGGGGUGCACUGCGGAGUAUGCGACUGGUGGUUGAGGAUGUGUGGCCAGUGGCACCAGCCAAAUUGUGACCUAUGUGAUCUUGUUGCAAUACUCAUCUAGACAUUUUGAUAUUCCAUAUCAAGUAGAUGGCCAACAGGGCCAUAUUUUCUGUUGCUACCAUAUCUUACAGCAUACUAUACAUCUACCCCACUAGAAUAC